GCUGACAACGGGCCGCGAGAGAAGAGCGUCCCGGUUUCAACUGGUUUAAUCCGGUCUAAGUGUGACUGAAGCAUGGGCAAGAAGAACCAGCUCCGCGCACCAAACCCCGCGACACCGAUCCGCAACUGCGCCCGCGAACACACACGGACAUAAACCCAACGCCGAGCCACUUUUAAGAGCCUCCCCCGCCCGAGAUUUGCGCUACUUUAACGCUCCGUUCCGAAGACUUAGCCUAGCUGCGCGAACGAAGCUAAGCUAAAACUCCCUUCACUUUGCUAUAGCCGAGUGAACCGCUGUUAGCCUCGCAUGUUUUCCGAGUCAUCCUCUUUAAAAUACUUCUCACCACCGGAAAGGGAUGCACAUAACAUCGCAUUAAAACGCCCGGGAGUCAUUAAGCAUAUCGUUAGACAUUAAUGCGCGUUUUAAUUUGGAGUUAAAUACGGAAGCUAACGUUAGCAUCGAGGUUAACCGUAAACAUCACGGUGAAUCAACGCUUUCGAGUUCCUGCAAGAGCAUCGCCGCUUCUGCACGAAAAGUCCCCACGUUCUGGUUAUUUUUUGGCUAAAAGGCAAGACAAUAAAGGAGCUCUAUGCCCGCUGAAAUGACCAUGUUGGCCGAUCACCCAGCACGACAACUGCUGGACUUCAACCAGAAACUGGACAUCAACCUUCUGGACAAUGUGGUCAACUCCAUGUACCACGACAUCGGGUCACAGCAACGUGUGGCUCAGGAGGUGCUGACGAACCUGAAGGACCAUCCGGACGCCUGGACCAGAGUCGACACCAUCCUGGAGUUUUCACAGAACAUGAAGACCAAGUAUUACGCUCUGCAGAUUUUGGAGGCUGUGAUUAAAACGCGUUGGAAAAUUCUGCCCCGACACCAGUGUGAAGGGAUAAAAAAGUACGUGGUGGGUUUGAUUAUCAAGACGUCCUCAGAUCCGUCCACAGUGGAGAAAGAAGGAGUUUACAUUUCAAAGCUCAACAUGAUCCUGGUUCAGAUCCUGAAGCAGGAGUGGCCGAAGCACUGGCCGUCCUUCAUCAGUGACAUCGUCGGGGCGAGUCGCACGAGCGAGAGCCUCUGUCAGAACAACAUGAUCAUCCUGAAGCUCCUGAGCGAGGAGGUGUUUGACUUCAGCAGCGGGCAGAUGACCCAGGUCAAAGCCAAACACCUCAAGGACAGCAUGUGCAACGAGUUCUCACAAAUAUUUCAGCUGUGCCAGUUCGUUAUGGAGAACUCUCAGAAUGCCCCUCUGGUCCACGCCACGCUGGAGACUCUCCUGCGUUUCCUCAACUGGAUUCCUCUGGGCUACAUCUUUGAGACCAAACUCAUCAGCACUCUGGUCUACAAGUUCCUGAACGUGCCGAUGUUCCGUAACGUGACUUUAAAGUGUCUGACGGAGAUCGCCGGCGUGAGCGUGAGCCAGUACGAGGAGCAGUUUGUCAGUCUGUUCACGCUGACCAUGUGCCAACUCAAACAGAUGCUUCCGCUGAGCACAAACAUCCGCGUGGCCUAUUCCAGCGGCAAAGACGACGAGCAGAACUUCAUCCAGAACCUGAGCCUGUUCCUCUGCACGUUCCUGAAGGAGCACGGGCAGCUCAUCGAGAAGAGACCCAGCCUCCGAGAGACGCUGAUGGAGGCUCUGCACUACAUGCUGCUGGUGUCCGAGGUGGAGGAGACGGAGAUUUUUAAGAUCUGCCUGGAGUACUGGAACCACCUGUCCGCGGAGCUGUACCGAGAGAGCCCCUUCUCCACCGCCUCCACCCCGCUCCUGUCAGACGUGCCCCCGAGGAGACACCUGUACCUGCCCGUGCUCUCACAGGUGCGUCUCCUGAUGGUGAGCAGAAUGGCCAAACCCGAGGAGGUCCUGGUGGUGGAGAACGAUCAGGGAGAAGUGGUCCGGGAGUUUAUGAAGGACACGGACGCCAUCAACCUGUACAAGAACAUGAGGGAGACUCUGGUGUACCUGACUCACCUGGACUACGCAGACACCGAGCGCAUCAUGACGGAGAAGCUCCAUAACCAGGUGAACGGCACCGAGUGGAGCUGGAGGAACCUGAACAUGCUGUGCUGGGCCAUCGGCUCCAUCAGCGGCGCCAUGCACGAGGAGGACGAGAAGAGGUUCCUCGUCACCGUCAUCAAGGACCUGCUGGGUUUGUGUGAGCAGAAACGGGGCAAAGACAACAAGGCCAUCAUCGCCUCAAACAUCAUGUACAUCGUGGGGCAGUACCCGCGCUUCCUCCGGGCGCACUGGAAGUUCCUCAAGACCGUCGUCAACAAACUGUUUGAGUUCAUGCACGAGACUCAUGACGGCGUGCAGGACAUGGCGUGCGACACCUUCAUCAAAAUCGCCCAGAAGUGCCGGCGCCAUUUUGUCCAGGUGCAGGUGGGAGAAGUGAUGCCUUUUAUCGACGAGAUCCUCAACAACAUCAACACCAUCAUCUGUGACCUGCAGCCACAACAGGUGCACACGUUCUACGAGGCGGUGGGUUACAUGAUCGGAGCGCAGACGGAUCAGGCGGUCCAGGAGCUGCUCAUAGAGAAAUACAUGUUACUGCCAAACCAGGUGUGGGACAGCAUCAUCCAGCAGGCCACCAAGAACGUGGACAUCCUGAAGGACGCCGAGACGGUGCGACAGCUGGGCUCCAUCCUGAAGACGAACGUGCGCGCGUGUAAAGCCGUGGGGCACCCGUUCGUGGUGCAGCUCGGGCGCAUUUAUCUGGACAUGCUGAACGUGUACAAGUGUCUGAGCGAAAACAUCUCCUCGGCGGUCAGCUCCAACGGGGAGAUGGUGACGAAGCAGCCCCUGAUCCGCAGCAUGAGGACGGUGAAGAAAGAGACGCUGAAGCUCAUCUCUGGAUGGGUCACUCGCUCCAACGACCCGCAGAUGGUGGCGGAGAACUUCGUGCCCCCUCUGCUGGAGGCCGUGUUGAUCGAUUAUCAGAGGAACGUCCCGGCGGCGCGAGAGCCCGAGGUCCUCAGCACCAUAGCAACCAUCGUCAACAAACUGGGCGUCCACAUCACGCCCGAAAUCCCCAAGAUCUUUGACGCCGUCUUUGAGUGUACGCUCAACAUGAUCAACAAGGACUUCGAGGAGUUCCCGGAGCACAGGACUCACUUCUUCUACCUGCUGCUGUCGGCCACAGGGAUGUGCUUCCCGGCGUUCCUCUCCAUCGCUCCGGCUCAGUUCAAACUCAUCCUGGACUCCAUCAUCUGGGCCUUUAAACACACCAUGAGGAACGUCGCCGACACUGGGCUGCAGAUCCUCUACUCUCUGCUGCAGAACGUCUCGGCCGAGGAGACGGCGGCUCAGAGUUUCUAUCAGACCUACUUCUGCGACAUCCUGCAGCACAUCUUCUCCGUCGUCACGGAUACGUCCCACACCGCAGGUUUGACGAUGCACGCCACCAUCUUGGCGUACAUGUUUAACCUGGUGGAGGAGGGUAAAGUGAGCGUCUCCCUCAGCGCCGCGAGUCCGGCCAAUAACCAGGCCCACGUGCAGGAGUACACGGCCAACCUGCUGAAGAACGCCUUCCCACACCUGCAGGACGCUCAGGUGAAAGUGUUUGUGACCGGCCUCUUCAGUCUGAACCAGGACAUUCCCGCCUUCAAGGAGCACCUCAGGGACUUCCUCGUUCAGAUCAAGGAAUUUGCCGGCGAGGACACCACAGACCUGUUCCUGGAGGAGCGAGAGGGCGCCUUACGUCAGGCCCAGGAAGAAAAACACAAAAUCCAACUCUCUGUACCGGGAAUCCUGAACCCCCACGAACUCCCGGAGGAAAUGUGCGACUAAAAACGUCGACGAUUCCCAAAACGAAACGAAGCGACGGAAAAACACGGAGCGACGUCUGAUUUCGGACCAAGGCCAAGGAACCGAAGAGGGAGACUUUUGCGUGAAAGAGCGGAGUGUUCAGGACGGUCGACCAAACGUUUGUGAAUAUGUAAAUGACCACGUGUCCCUUUGCCCGUCGAAACAAAUAAGCCAAGUUUUGUUUUUGAUAUAUUUUAUACUAAAAAAUUUCUGUGUCAAA